AUGGAAGAUAAUAAGAUACUUAUCCGAGAAGCAAAUAUUAAUGAUGCUCCAACUCUUGAAGAUUACUUAAUAAGACUAGCUAAAGAAACUGAGGACAAAGAUCUCAAGCCAGAACUGGUUAAAUCAGGAGUAGCCAAACUUCUGGUUGAUCAAAAAUAUGGAAGAUAUAUAGUAGCUCACAUACCAUCAUAGUAAGCUGAUGAUGAUCAGCAGAGUGCAGGGCAUUCAGACAUUGUAGUGGGCAUGCUGAUGAUUACCUUCGAAGUUUCACCUAAAUUGGGAGGUCUAUGUUAUUGGAUUGAAUCUGUUUAUGUUCAUCAAGACUAUAGGAAAAAGGGCAUCUUCACUAGUCUAUUCAAUGAGGUAGUUCGAUAGGCUAAGCUUGAUCCAUUGGCAAAGAGCAUUAAACUAUAUGUAGAUCAUGACAAUGAAAGAGCCAUGAAGACUUAUGAAAAGCUUGGUAUGAAUAAAUUGGCUGAGUCUAACUUUGAUGAAAUCGAUGUUCACUUCAGCCAUUGA